AUGUCCCUCCCCUCCCCUUCCGCCCCUCUACCCCCUCCUGCCCUCUCCUCCUCCCCCACCAAGGUCUUCCUCUUCCCCCGAAGCAAGUCUGGCCGCAAGCUCCUCCCUCACAAGGGAAGGAGACCUCAGGCCUUCGACCUCCCUGCCCUCCAGAGUCACUUCCACCUCCCCCUCCUCCAGGCCAGCGCCGCCCUUGGCAUCUCCGUCACUGCCCUCAAGAAGCUCAGUCGCAAGCUCGGCAUCGGGCGGUGGCCCUACCAGAGGAGGUCCACCCCCACUGCCUCCCCUCGGAGAGCCGCCAGGCGCCACAAGCCUCCCGCAUCCUCCAUCUCGCCACCUGCAGGCAGCCGCAAGAAGACCGGCUGGGAGCCCAUCAGCCGGGCGUGGAUCGAGUGGUACAUGAAGUGCGGGGACGGCAGCGAGGCGAUGCAGGACGAGAGCCCGGUAGGAGCAGCGAAGCAGCUGUUGGCUGAGUGCUGA